AACUGUCGCCCCUGUCGUCUGACGAUGAGUCAAUCUAAGAAGGAAUUUGUACGAGGCUUGUCGGUUAUCACAUUCCUGAUUUCUAAACCUUUAGCAGCGACCACAAAUGGCUACUCAAAAGACUUUGAAUCCUCGGGAAUCAGCUAAAUUAAUAGCUAGUUUAUCGACAAACGUUUUCAUCGAGAAGACUGGUAUCCAGAGAAUUGCGCAAGAAGUCCUCAGAGGGUUAAAAAGUCGUGACGUACACAUCGACAAUUUCUCUCAGCACAAUUUGCAUCCGAGCAAACAUGACCCGAGAACAGUAGACUGGAUUUUUUUACUGGAUACCUUGAAUUUCUGUUUUUGGCCUGAAGGAGAUGAUACAAAAUGGGAAGUAACCAAACAUACCGGGUACUUCGCUCUCUGCGCUGCUUUAAAACGAGCUAUUUCCCAAAACCAAUUGCGAACAGAGCCCUUCUUCUAUUCUGCAAUUACGAAAGAGGACUUAGAGUUUAUUUUGCAAGGAGACAAUGCAAGUGCUAAAAUACCUUUGUUUAUGGAACGAUUAAAAUGUUUACACGAAAUUGGAAGGGUUCUAACAAAGAAGUAUUAUGGAUCUUUUGUGAACUGUAUAUACUCCUGCAAAAAUUCGGCAGAAAAAUUGUUGAAGCUCAUUGUGACGGACUUUGAAUGCUUCAGAGAUGAGGCAGAUUACAAAGGACACAGAGUGUCGUUUUACAAAAGAGCCCAGAUUCUGAUCGGAGAUAUCUGGGCCUGUUACGGGGGAAAGGGACUUGGCGAAUUCCACGAUAUUGAUAAAAUAACAAUGUUUGCUGACUACAGAGUGCCUCAAGUUUUAGUACACUUUGGGGCAAUGCGAUACAGCAAAUAUCUCCUCGAGAUUCUUCAGUCGAACACUGUAUUACCACCAGGCAGUCCCUUAGAGGUUGAGAUUCGUGGCUGUUCAAUUGAAGUGAUCGAACAAGUAAAAGACGAAGUUAAGUCUUUAAUUGAGGCUUCUCCUGAUCUUGCCUUGAAAAAGUCCGAUUGCAAUGCUAUUUUGAUCGAUCAUUUCUUAUGGGACUACCGGAGACAACAUGCCGAAAAUUUAGAGAGUAUACCUUUUCACAAAGUUAAAUCAAUUUACUACUGAUUAUGUAUAGACAUUCACAUUCUACUGCAUUU